AGGCAGGCGUUAAGGCAAGCCAGAGUGGGAGUGAAGGACCACCAGAAAGCAGAGUGGAGGGUAGAAGAGAGAGUGUGUGUGUCAGAAGGGGAAAGGACAUAAAGGCAGACAGAGAAACUAGAGGGAAAGAACCCUUUGGGAGCAACAGAGUGUUGGAUAAUGGAGGUGCAGUCGGACUGUGUGGAGCCUCCUGUGGCUCCACAGUGUGACACCCAGCCUGCAGGCAAGAUCAACAAAGCUGCCUUUAAACUCUUUGGAAAGCGACGCACUGGCUCUGGCAUGGCCAGCUUCUUCUCCUUCAGGAACAAAGGUGCUGCCAACAGCGGAAGCAAUGGGAAUUCUGACAACGGGAAUUCUUUGAAUGGAAACGGCUCAGCUGCAUCAGCGGAGCUUGUGAGGAGCAAAACACAUGACGGGCUAACAGGCUCCAACACCGAUGCUGUGGCACCGAGAGGGGAGGGCCUUGCUAGCCUGGAGGCAGGGCCGGUGAGGUCGCUCAGCAAAUCGUUGAGUUUCUUUUCCUUUCUCCGACGUGGGAGUUUUAGGACAAGUGAAAAUGGUGGGGCAGGAAUUGUGAGAAGAGGGAGGGGCCUGAAGGGCUUUUUCAGCAGCAUGCGAUGGAGGCGUAAAGAGAAAACAAACGAGGCUGAGGGGGAAGAGGCGGAAGGGAAGAAAAGAAGGGACACAGAUGCCGCAGAACCCGAACAUGCGAAGGACAUUACUCUCACCCUUGAACCGCCACCCCAUCAUCACCAGGAGGACUGUGAAAAUGCAGAGACAGGAUCUAACCUCCAAGCAUCAGACACUCCCACCACUAGUGUUACCAUGACACCCACACACUGUGUUGCCAUGCCAGGACCAUCUGGUGAGCCAGACUCCCCUUUUCCUUACACACCCACCGAAUCGCCAGUGCGCCCAUCCAUCCAAAAAGCCAAAGCUUCAAUAUCUAGCCUCAACCCCUCCCUUACGACGCCCCCCUUGGAUCGUUGCAGCAUGGGCGACCAGCCCUCAGAGCCCUCCGUAGACCGGCUGUGCUCCAUCCUUUUCACGGAUGUCACAUCUCUGAAGAGCUUUGACUCGCUGACUGGCUGUGGCGAUAUAAUUGCUGAUGCAGAUGAGGAAGGGCCGGGGGGUAACGGUGGCAGUGGUACCAGUAGUAGUAGUAGCGGAGGUGGAGGUGGGAGUCUGGGUGCAAGUAUUGGCAGAGCUGUUGGUAUAUCCAGUGCAACAACUCAUUCCUCCCCAACCAAACCUUCACUGCCUUCCCAGGUCGCCCAGCCCAUGUUCUCGGUUGCCCAAAGUUCAGCACCUGUCUGCCUCCCUGCUCGGACCCGAGUGCCUCCCCCACCACAGCAGCACCCUGCUGGUAGCGGCGUGGUGGCCUACAUGGGAGGAGGGGAGGAAAUGGCGAGCCCGGAAGGAGUGGAUGAUGCAGACAUGCAGGGGCUCUGGCACAUGUUGCCGUCUGCAGGGGAGAGCUCCCCUGCGCUAUCCCGGCAGUACCAGCCGUCUUCCAGUACCCUUAAUUCCACUUACCCUCCUCGCUCCAGCUCUCCCAGCGCACAUCGUCCCUCAGCUCAAAGAAGUGCGGACAGAAAAUCCCCCCAGGUAAAGGCGCUUGGCCUCAGUAAGAUCCCUGUUGUUGGGGGUGCAGGAAGCCGGGCAGCCAAGCCCCCUCUUCCUCAUGCACAUGGCCGUCAUCCUGUGUCGCCCGGUGAAAAGGAACUACUCAGCGAUGAAGGAUAUUGGGAAACUCCCUCAGCAACACCCACGGCAACACCCGAUGAGAGUGGCUUGCAGCGUAACCAGAAGAUUGCUCUAUCACGCGACAGCUGCUCCGGGGACCACCUUUAUGACUUGUACAAUGAUCCCGAGGAGGACGGAGAUAAUCAGAGGGGAGACGAUGAUCUAAACAGUACCCCCUCUCCAUCUGCAGAAUUCAAAAUGAGUCCCACCUCCCAAAAAAGUCCCCUUUCGACCUCCUCUUCCUCCUCCUUCCAAUCAUUGAAAGGCAGCACCAGCCUUCCUCGAGAAUCCAAGAUCCCAGUAAGCACCAGACAAACCUCACCUCCCCACUCUGUAAGCCAGUCUGCUCUGUCCUCUGUGCUGGAGGCAGAAACCCCUCCGCCAAAGACCCAAGCUCCUCAACCAGCCCGCACUAGAAUCCCUGUGUCAAAGGUGCCAGUUCGACGUUCUGGGAGCAAACCUACCAGCGCCACCGGAGGAGCUGCACCCAAGAAAUAGUUCUUCUUGGCAAACGUUUGAGUCUUGUCUACUAUUGGGGUAAAGUGUUUGAUCCUGCUGGCCUGCGUUGUUCACAGCCAAAACUUUUCCAUGACCAAGAAAAUGUUGAGCUGUAGAUGCAGCAGCUUAUAAAUUCCAUUUAGGUCUUAAGAGUUUUCCUGGGCACCUUUUGGCCAACUGGACAAGAAUCUACGGCUUUGUUCUCUUCAGACACAAGGAGACUCCACUUUACUGACCCUACUCGCACUUUGGAGGCUGACUAUUGACAAUCCCUGCACAGAGAGACAAUACAUUCUUCGACUUCAAGUUCUCGGAAAAAUCUACCGACCUGUUGAACUCGACAGUUACUUUGAUGGGGAAAAGAACAGAGCACCUUUUUAAUCGUUGAUGUUUUUUUGUAUGGAAUUUCAUGUGACAUUACUCGGUUUGCUUGUAAGGACCUAAUCCAAUCAAAGUUUACUGUUAUUUUUUAAAGAAAAAGGUUUUCGUCUAAUUUUUAAUAAAUUACCUCCUAAUCAUGCGAUUUAAUAGCCAAAGCUAAAAAAAAAAAAACAAGCUCAUAAAGGUUAGGUUUUUCUUUCUCUUAAAGUCUGGAACAGACUCUACGGUUACCAUUGUUAUUUACCUUUGGAAUGGUAUUCUCUUGACCACUCACUGACUUCAAAGCUGCACACAAAUCCACAAAUCCAAAUACAACUCAUGUAGUUUUAUAACCUACUUACUUUGCAGCUUAAACAAUAUAGACAUCCACUUUAUGGAUGGAUUCAUUUUGAUACCUUUUGGUUGCGUGGAUCCCACCUCUGCCACACUUGUUUAAAGACAUGUUGAUUCUUUGGAAUUCUCUGGGAUUUAUAAUAAUUUCACUGCUAAUGUAAACCUGCAAAAUCUUUGCAAUAUGACAUGUGGAGACAUCCUUUGCACUGAUGCAUCCUCACUCAAGGCAAAACUCUGCAUCUGGACAUUCAGAACAAGAGAGAAGCACGCUCACACUUUUUGUUGCUCUCUGCAUGCGGUGCACCUAAGGCACGAACGUCAGGGAAGACCAUGCAAAAGGUGAAACGGUUUUAGGUAUGCACACUGUACAACAUUUGUCACUCUCUGUGUAGCUUACACUGGUUAUCUUCGUCCUCGGAGGACAUUUGAAAAGAGCAACUUUUCUAAGUGUCAUUUUUUUUCUCACAUUUUCAUACUUUUUUAUAGACUCUGUAUAAAAACAAAAAAAAAAACAAAAAAAGAAUGCUCAGAUCUCAAACUGUGAUUGCAUUAACUUCUUAGAGCAACUUCCUUCGUUUUUUGCUUCUAUUUGCAAGUUUUGAUAAGACUGGGUGAUGAGGAGGUAUUAUGUCAGCCAUUUUUUUAAGAGAUAAAAUUGAAUGCAAAGCAAACUAGUGGAAAGACCUUCACUCUUCACCUGCUGACUCUUCUGCUGAUGUGCACUGCAUAAUUUGAUUUCAGGAUCCACCACAGCUGUUUGUGAAUCUGAAUGUAGCUUAAAUAUUGUCAUGGAUCUUUUACUUUUUAUUUAAAGUCAAUGAGAGCCAGGCAAAAGCUGGAUUUGCUUGUUUUCUGUCUCUGAUGCUCUGGAAGACAAACCACUUCUAAGUGUAUCUGGCUUUGCUAAAGCACCAUUUAUUUUAAAAGUGAGGCUGGGGGUUGUGGUCCUCACAUUUGCUUUUUGUCAGAGAUGCAGGGACACAAUUCAAAGCAUAAUAUUUUUAUUUUCAAUGGGUCAUUCUGGUUCAUGAUAGAAUAUUAGCAACAAUAAAGUUACAGGCUUGGUAGCAAAGCA